UUCGGGUUUUGCACCUUGCUCCCCACAUGCACAUGCCGAAGGUCUACAAGGACUGGUUAGCCAGUCGGUUUAGCAGAUAUAUAUAUACAGUACAAUGGUAGGAGUAGGGGGCACAGAUACUUUGAUUUCAAAUAAAGAACUCUCCAGGCUCUGAGCGAGGGGCAUCUCGGAUGCGCAAAGCACCAUGGCCCAUCAAAACGUCUUGAAAGGAAAUGUGGCCAAUGAUCCCCAUGAGCCCAGUCAGAUACCAGGAGUAACUCCUGCGUUGAAAAUUCUCAUUGUAGGUGCGGGAAUCGGCGGGCUGACAGCAGCAUGCUUCCUGCGGCAGCAAGGCCACAAAGUAACUCUUGUGGAGAAGUCUCGAUUCGCGAAUGAACUCGGGGCAGCCGUUCAUCUGACGCCAAACGCCAAUGGCCUUCUGCGUAGACUCGGCAUCAUUGACAUGGAAAGUUUAGGAGCGAAUUGUAUUGAGCAAAUGACCAAUUUCAGCCCAAAGAGCGAAGUGCGCGAGCAAAUCGACCUUCGAAGCAUGAACCAGUUGUGGCAACAUCCAUGGCUUCUUGCGCAUCGUGUUCAUUUACAUGCAGCUCUUAAGAGGUUGGCGACAUCCACAGAUGGCAAAGGAGAGCCAGCAGUCUUGAGGACUUGCAGUAAAGCCAUUGAUUUCGAUCCUGCCACGGCAAGUAUCACACUGGAGGACGGAGAGAUUGUGAUUGGUGAUGUUGUGAUUGGUGCCGACGGAGUUCAUUCUCGAUCAAGGCAACAAAUAGACCCGAACAUCACGCCGAAGAGCUCUGGUCAAAACGCAUUUCGCUUCAUGAUUCCUAGGAAAUUGGUGCUCGAAGAUCCUAGGACAGAAAGAUUUGCAAAGGUGAAUGGGAAUCUCAGUAUGUGGUACGGCAAAGACAGAAGGGUUGUCAUGUACCCCUGUCAAAAUAAUGAGCUGUUGAAUUUUGUUGCCCUGCAUCCCACAUCCGAGUCCCAGCAGGUUGACCGGGACCAAGAAUACACCACCCAAACCAAUAUAUCGAUAUUGGAAAAGGUGUAUCAAGAUUUUGAUGACGAUCUUGUAGCGCUCUUGAGCAAGGCGGACGUCAAGACGCUGAAGGUUUGGGAGCUGUGGGACAUGGAUCAGCUACCGACGUGGGUAAACAACAAAUUGGCGCUACUUGGAGAUGCUGCACACCCAUUCACACCCCAUCAAGGUCAAGGCGCUGGCCAGGCAAUGGAAGAUGCAGCUUCGCUGGCCGUAGUGCUACCUUGUGGCACAAAGCAAGAAGAGGUCGCUGAGCGUCUGAAGCUUUACGCCGACUUCCGUUCAGCCCGGGCUCAUCGAAUCCAGCAGUUUUCUAGACUGGCUGGCCGAGACGUGGUCGGCCCUGUAGACAUGAUGGAAUUCACCAAUUAUAACUUCGGGCAUGACGAAUGGGACAACUCGACGAAACUAUUCCGUAAAUGGCAGUGGUCGCAGAAACCAGACUUGUACUGGCGAAUGCCAGUGUCCUUCGGCCCAAUGCCUGGUCCUAGGCAGUACUUUGGAGGGUCAUAUCUCAAUCCAAAAGGGUCAAAAUUUGUGACAGGGUCAUUCAAAUUCAAAACCUCUCGGACCAUACUACAGAAUCUAUUUCCCUCUACAUCAUUCACAUUCAAGUCUCCAGGAACUGUUGCGCUCGCCAGCUUCUCCCAGACCACUGUACAGGGAAUGAAAUGGCUGGGGGGUACCGGAUACCGUCAUCUUGGCCUAUACAUCCAUGGUGUUCAGUACGUCCAAAAGAACGGCGAGGUCUUGAAUGGCACGUACAUACCUCUGAUGUUUGAGAACCUGGCAGAGUCCAUAGUGAGUGGUCGUGAAGAGCUUGGAGUGCCAAAAUUAUUUUGUUCACUUGAAAUAUGCAGGCUGGCUACCUCGUAUAAUGUACAAGCACAGUGGCAAGGGAUCACUUUUGCGAACUUUACUAUCGACGGCCUUAAAGAUAUCCCUGCCUUGGAGGAAACUGGUACAAAUGAAAGCGAGCCUGGUGAGGGCAUAUUUGCGUACAAGUAUAUACCGAGUACGGACAAUCUCAAUGGCACAGCGAGAGGUCAGGCGGAUAUAGAACAUGCUGUGUUUUUGCCGCAUGUUAGCGAGUCGCAAGUAGUCUCGUCUAAAGUGACCAGGGUCAUGAUAGGGGAAACAGCGAGCAUAUCAUUCAACCCCGGGGACUGGGAGGAUCUUCCAACAUUACACCACAUAGUGUUACGACUUUCAGAGAUACCAGUAUACGGGAUGGUUAGCGCAAUGGUGGUGGAAGGACAUGGUGUGCCUGACGUUUCCUCUGCUAGGCGUAUUGAUUGAGUGACACGCAGCCAAGUGAGGCUAUAUACAUCAUGACCCGAAUUCAAUCAAGCUUGUCGGUUCUCGCUUAUCGUCAUUUCGAAUCGUGUCUCUGACUCAGUAAGCGGCACC